AUGAGAAGAAAGCUUGAACAAGCAAAACAUGAUCAAUUUGUUCUGCGAGAUGAUGGUCUUUUGUUAAAUGACAGUCGUGUUUAUGUUCCAAAUGUUGAAUACUUGAGGGAGGAUAUAUUAGAAGAAGCUCAUAAUGCACCCUAUAGUAUGCAUCCUGGAAGUACUAAAAUGUACAGAAAUAUGAAGCCUUUUUAUUGGUGGCCAACAAUGAAGAAAGAUGUGUCAGAAUUUGUUGCUAAAUGUUUAAUAUGUCAACAAGUGAAAGCAGAACAUCAGGCACCUGCAGCAUUUCAUCCGCAGACAGAUGGGCAAUCAGAGAGAACUAUUCAGACCUUGGAGGACAUGAUUAGAGCUUGUAUGGCUCCAUAUGAAGCACUGUAUGGAAGAAAGUGUCGAAGUCCAGUGCGUUGGAAUAUUGAAGGAAUGCGACAACUUGAAGGUCCUGAAAUAGUUCAAGAAACUGUGGAUAAGAUACGAACAGUCAAAUAG